AUGUGGCUCUAGGAAACAAGUUGCCAAAACCUGGUAUUACUGUAAAAAUUGUCGGAAGCAGAAAAAGAAAUGGGCAAUGAAGGCAGUAAAUUAAAAGGCCUAACCAUUGAAAAAAAUGCGGUCGAGAUAAAUGAUUUUUGGACCUUAUAUAACGCUGAGCUUCCCACAACAUUCAAUGACGAAUGUUGCACUAAACUGCUGUCGAUUUUUCAGAGCGAAGUCUGCGUCAAAGAUCAGCUCUGGUCGCUUGGAGUGGGCCCGACUGAAAGGGCAAUAAAGAACCUGAAGAUCUAUCGCCACCCACACAUUUUGAAAUAUGUAACUAGCUGGGAAAAGUCGGGAAGGAAUUACCUUGCAACGGAAAAAGUCGUGCCUCUGAACAAGGUAUUGGACUGUCAGACAGACUUAGAAAAAUGUCUUGGCCUGCGGACAAUCCUAUGCAGUCUUAUAUUUUUAACUGAGAAAGCACUUGCCAGGCACUUAAACAUAAGCACACAUAAUAUUUACGUGACGGACAGUGGUAAUUGGCGCCUAUCUGGCUUCGAGUACGUUUGGACAGCCACGGAAGUCAACAAACAGCUGAUUGACCUUGCUCGUACUUUUUUGGAUCCCAAUAUUUGCGAAGAGAAUUUCGAGCAAUAUUCCUUCGCCGUUCUGUGUGAGCACGUGUUGAGCAGAAGAAAAACCGACAGUGAUGAUGGGGAUGGCACUCCGCAUGUUCAUGAAUUUCGUGAGUACUGCGGCACGCAUCUGAAACACCAGAAUACAAAACUUAGGCCCAGACUUUCGGCCAUCUUGCUACAUCCCUAUUUCAAUCACGAAUUCAUACUUAUACACUCCUUUCUUUUCGAGUUGCCGCUGAAAUCGGUACAGGAGCGCCAACAUUUCUUUCGAAGUUUGAUUCAACGGCUGCGAAGUUUCGACGAGGAAGUUGUGGCCUCGCAGCUGGCAAGUGACCUGGUUUCUAGAAUGGUUCUACUAGAUUCUUCCGCGCAACAAUUUGUGAUUCCUUAUGUAUUUCGUACAAAAGCUAUAGAUAAAGCAACAUCGUUGUUUUCUCCGCAGAUCUACGUCCAAUACUUAAUGCCGCACAUACUCAAAAUGUUCCGUAUGCGAGAUGCACAGAUCCGUUUGAUACUAUUGGACUAUUUUGCGGACUAUGUGCGCCUCCUGGGCGACGAGCAACUGGAGAGUGAGAUCCUUCCGCACUUGCGUCUUGGUCUAAGCGACACUAAUGACGUUCUGGUUGCUAAAACCCUUAAAAGCAUGGCUGCUUUGGUUCACAUAUUGGGAGGUAGCAAAGUUCUAGGCGGGGAUCGUCGCCGUUUUUUUUCGGAUGGUCGGCCGCACGCAGCUGUCUCCACAGAGCGCCAAAAUUCAAAGGAUAUGCCCCGGUCAAUAACUCCCGUAAUGAACACUACAUCAUUUGAUGUCGAGGAAGAAUUUAUGGUCUCUGGUAGCCCAAUGCCAACAGAAAACAAUGUGGACCACCUCCCACGUCGCCUCAGUCCAGACGGAGGCGAAGACGAAAAGAAUGUACAAAAUUUGUAUGAAACGUCUCAAGACAUGGAUCCACAUAUCAGUCCUGAUAGCAACUUUAACAACCUUGGAGCAUGCCUUGAAAAUACUAUUACAAACAUAACUACAGAUAGGAUAUGGUCUGAUUGGGGGGAUACUACAGACGAACUCAAGAGCUCACACAGCCAAACGGACGAGUUGAAAGAUGAAACCGCACACGAUGAGCAAAUUGUAAUUCACGACUCUUGCCAUUCAGCUACCUUGAACACAAGUUUUUCAACAAGAAAGUUGCAUACGGAUCACAAGGGUAUUGACGAUCUUAACGGGCUGGACAUUCAAGUGCAAUCCGUGGUUCACAGCUCAAAGUUAAGCGAGUAUGACUUUUUCAAAGACAUGGAGCCCUACAUUGAAACUAAGAUCAGUAGCAGUGAACCAGCGGAAAUAAUAAGCAGCAGAUUGGCUGCGGCUACUCUUACUGGUAACAGCUACGAACUGGAUACGGAAGCAGAUAAAGGUUGGGGCCAUGACGAGCAGGAUGAGGAAGACAUUGUCUGGGGCAUGGAUACAGCGUUGUUUAAUUUAUGUGAAUCUUGAAGCUAUAGCGACAUUUAUUAAAAGAAUCUUACCAUUUUGUAUAUGUGAGGAAUUC